UAUUUGGUUCGGUAUCCAGUAAAGGUUGCCACAAACUAAAAAGAUGAGCUAAAAAAAACCAUUAUAUAAUAAACACCUCUGUAUUCUUCCAUCCGUACGAUCUGGUUUCAGGUUGAUUGGCUCACACUAGCGAAGCCGCGAGAAACUACUGCUCCUCCUCCUCCUACAACCUUCGUUUUUCAUGGCCUCUCGCAUGUGCUUUUGACCCUUUUCCUACCUUAAUUUCCUCAUCUUUAUAAUUUGUUUAUUCAUAUAAAUAUCUUUACACAAGAACACCAUAUCUUCUUUCGAUUUUUAUCUCUCUAAAUGGCAGAUGUUCUUCGAGUACCACACCAUUCACUUCGUUUCUCCUCCUCUGUUAUCACCUCCUUCGCAUCCUUCUUGAAUUCCCACCAACCGGGUCUUAUUCCAAUCUGCAACUCGGAUAAGAGAGCUUAUCCUCUCUCCUCUUCCUCUGUUACACGCCUCGCUUUCAGACGUAGAGACCCCUUGCUCUCUUUCAAGGUGCAGGCAACCGUUGCCGAAACUGAGCCGCCAAAAUGGUGGGAAAAGAAUGCACCAAACAUGGUUGACAUUCAUUCGACACAAGAAUUCUUAAGUACGUUAGGUGAAGCUGGAGAUAGAUUAGUAAUUGUAGAGUUCUAUGGAACUUGGUGUGCUUCUUGCAGGGCAUUAUUCCCCAAGCUCUGUAGAACAGCUGAAGACCAUCCUGAAAUUUUAUUCCUUAAAGUCAAUUUUGAUGAGAACAAGCCUAUGUGCAAAAGUUUGAAUGUGAAGGUCCUUCCUUAUUUCCACUUUUACCGCGGAGCUGAUGGACAGUUGGAAUCCUUUUCGUGUUCUCUUGCUAAGUUCCAAAAAAUAAAGGACGCUAUUGCAACACAUAACACAGCUCGUUGCAGCAUCGGGCCGCCUAAAGGUGUUGGAGAUAUUCUACUGCCUGCACUAGCUCCCAGGGAUAAAUCAACAGAAUCUCCUUCAGCAUAGCGCGUUUCAAAUCAACACAACCAUUGUACUAAUGUCUAUUCCUGCUAGAUUCAGCAAACAAACCCAAGGGAAGUUGCAUAGUCAGCUAUCUAAUAUCUUCUGUACAUGUGAAUUUGUCUGUGUAGAAGAAUAUUUUGUUUGCAUUCUUUGCUAAUUUUUUUUUUUUUAUAAUCUUUAUGAUGUGUAGUUAAAACUCGUGGACAAGAAAUCACAUAUUCUUGUUAUAUAUAUAUA